CUUUCUUUCAUUAGUUGUGCUUCCGGAUAAAAGUGGUCUGACUCCUUGUGCACCGUUGCUCCUUUAAAAAGGCUUUCUUCUCGGGCCUUUCGCAUGUGUUGAUCUUCGGAUUCUGGCACUCUGCAACACCACGCAUUGCGGUCGGCUUCUUGGACUUUCACAUCUUCACUCUUGAUCCUCUGCACCAACCGCCACGAUGUCCUGGAAGCUCACUAAAAAAUUGAAGGAGACGCAUCUGGCGCCCCUGACCAACUUCGGUCGAUCGUCCUCUACCUCGACGAUCAAGGGCGACUCGAAUGGUGACGAGGCCCAGACACCUGUGGCCUCUAACACUCCCAGUAUCUCUUCUGCCACCCCGUCAACAAAUGGAAUUUCGGCCUCCGAAUCUCUUGUCUCUCCUCCUGUGGCUCCCGUGAACCCAGGUAUUCUCAUUGUCACUCUCCACGAAGGACGCGAUUUUUCUCUGUCCCCUCAUUUCCAGCAGAUCUUCAACUCGCAUUUCCAGAACAACUCUUACGCACCAUCGUCUUUACGCCCUAGCACCUCCUCUUCGUCACAUUCAUCCCAGAAUCAAGCAGGCUCCUAUGUGCCCUCAGGCCGCCCACAAUCCACAAGUGGGGGAAUAAAUGCCGCUCCCACUAUCCACGGUCGCUAUUCCACCAAAUAUCUUCCUUAUGCCCUCCUUGACUUCGAAAAGAACCAGGUCUUUGUGGACGCUGUGUCGGGUUCUCCCGAGAGUCCAUUGUGGGCCGGUGACAGCACAGCCUUCAAAUUCGAUGUGUCCCGGAAGACAGAGUUGAAUGUGCAGUUGUACCUUCGCAACCCUGCUGCUCGGCCUGGUGCCGGUCGUAGUGAGGACAUCUUCUUGGGCGCAUGUAAGGUCAACCCUCGGUUUGAGGAGGCCCAGCAACCAUACGUGGAGGAUCCCAAACUGAGCAAGAAGGACAACCAGAAGGCGGCUGCGGCUCAUGAAGAGCAGGCACGUCAAGCUGGUGGGCCUGGUCAGUCGGGUGCCGAAUGGCUGGAUCUUCAAUUCGGUGCUGGCUCGAUCAAGAUUGGUGUUUCUUUCGUGGAGAACAGGCAGCGCAGUCUUAAGAUGGAAGACUUUGAUUUGCUCAAGGUCGUUGGCAAGGGUAGUUUCGGCAAGGUCAUGCAGGUCAUGAAGAAGGACACCGGCCGAAUUUACGCCCUCAAGACCAUCCGGAAGGCUCACAUUAUCUCGCGAUCGGAAGUCACACAUACGCUUGCUGAGCGAUCUGUGCUUGCACAGAUUAACAACCCGUUCAUUGUUCCACUGAAAUUCUCAUUCCAGUCGCCUGAGAAGCUGUAUCUUGUUCUGGCAUUUGUGAAUGGUGGAGAGUUGUUCCAUCACUUGCAAAGGGAACAGCGAUUCGACAUCAACAGAGCCCGUUUCUACACCGCAGAGUUGCUGUGCGCUCUCGAGUGUCUGCACGGAUUCAAGGUUAUUUACCGAGAUCUCAAGCCUGAGAACAUUCUUCUCGAUUACACUGGACAUAUUGCUCUUUGCGAUUUCGGUCUUUGCAAGCUGGACAUGAAGGACGAGGAUCGGACCAACACCUUCUGUGGAACUCCCGAAUAUCUCGCCCCCGAACUUCUCCUUGGCAAUGGCUACACGAAGUCCGUCGAUUGGUGGACUCUGGGUGUCCUGCUCUACGAGAUGCUGACGGGCCUUCCCCCAUUCUAUGAUGAGAACACCAACGAGAUGUACCGCAAGAUCUUGCAAGAGCCUUUGACUUUCCCUACCAGCGAUAUUGUCCCGCCUGCUGCUCGGGAUCUUCUCACUCGAUUGCUGGACCGUGAUCCCGUGCGCCGACUGGGCGCCAACGGCGCUGCUGAAAUCAAGUCGCACCACUUCUUCGCCAACAUUGACUGGCGCAAGCUCCUCCAGAGAAAGUACGAGCCCAGCUUCCGGCCGAACGUGGUGGACGCCCGUGACACGGAUAACUUCGACCGCGAGUUCACUUCCGAGGCACCCCAGGACUCCUAUGUCGAGGGACCCGUCCUGUCGCAGACCAUGCAGCAACAAUUCGCAGGCUGGUCCUAUAACCGGCCAGUGGCUGGUCUCGGCGACGCAGGCGGAAGUGUCAAAGACCCAUCCUUCGGUAGCAUCCCGGAGUAGAUAGAGGUUUCCUCUUAGCGUCAAUUUAGAUCGAGAAUUAUUGAUCGGUGAGCCAGAAAGAGAGAUUGGGAGGUUUCAUAGAACGCUUCUCCUUUGUUACUUUUUUCACUGUGUACGCCUUUCAUUCACAUAUCACCAAUCUUGAUCUUUUCUUUUCUCUCUUUGUUUACUCUUCAUCUUGUUGAUUUCCCCAUCACAAAGGAGUCUGUGGCAUCUUGAUAUCGGAGUCGCUCCCUGAUCUCGAGACGACAUUGUUUCUUCUCGUGUCAUCUUUUCUAUUGAGCGCUUUGGUUUGGAUUUCUUUUGCUCGAUCUUCUUUGAUUGUGUUUCUCAUUCCCUCCAGGCAGGUCCCUUUCUUCCUUGUUUCGUUCGUUUUCAGGCGGUCAUUACCUGUCCCCUUGUUGUGUAUUGUCGAUAAAACUUUGCAAUGGACAAUGCCAGAGAGUCUUGGAUCUA